AAGGCGCCCGCAAGUAUGGUCAAAGCCCAAAGGGGCCAUUCCCCUCCCCUAUGGGAAUUAUUAAAUGCAUGUACUUAUUGUAAGAUCAUGUAUUCUUCAAUCGUAUUUCGAACUUGUCGUAUUUCACAGUUUAGGAGUUGUUUGAAUAAAGUAAAUACUCAACAUCCUUUAGCCGCAGCAGUCUGCCUCAAACAUUCAUCCACCGAGUCCAAGAUAAACAGUAUCAACGUUCAGACUAAUGACGCAGAGUGGAAAAACAUCUACAUUGGAACAUUGGGUCCACGAAUCCGUAACUUGAAAAUCGUAUCAUUUAUGACCAGCGCUGUAGGAUUGUGUAUUCAGCCAAUGGUGAUACAAAAAGCUGCAGAAGUGGGCAGUAGUUUAGCAGCCACCAUAGGUGUAUGCACCAUUGCUGGGUUUUUUACAUUUAUUACACCAGUACUCAUCCAUUUGGUAACAAGAAAAUAUGUGACGUCUAUCGAGUAUAACAAAAAAACCGACGAGUACAAUGCCACAAUUAUUUCAUUUUUCUUAAAACCUAAGAAGAUACAAUUCAAACCAUUUGAAGUAAGAUUGCCUUUGACACAGAAAUUAACAGUCACAUUUUAUGCAAAAGAAUACCCUCUAUUUGUGGAUCCACAUGCAUUUGAUGACGUAAUGCAUUAUCAACGUAUAUUAGGUUAUGAUAAGCCUUUCACAUUUGAGAAAGAAGAUGAUGAUAAUGAUAUAAGAAAACCUGUAGUUAAGGCUGCUAAUAAGAGUUAAGUUUAAAUUUUACUUAAUAGUUGUUUAUUAUUAUUUUAUUGAAUCUGUUUUGUAAAUAUAUACAAUUUAAAAUAUUUACUGUAUAAUCUAUACAAUUUUUAUUUUCUUAUCCAAGACAUUUUGUGGUAAUUUUAUUAAUUGCUAAUAAUUUAUAUUAAAUACAAUUCCUUAGAACCGUAAAGUACAAAACAAAAGUUAUUGUUAGCGUUAUUUGACCUUCAAGAGACCACCAUUGCAGGUUGUAGGUGGAUAAAAAUGACUAUAUAAGAAUAUAUUGUGCGUGGGUGAUAAACACAUGUUUACAUACCAACUUUGCCCAUAAAAAUUAAAAUAUUAAUCAUGAAACUGUUGCCUAUGGGUAUCUAUAGACUAUAAUAUUAUGUAUAGUACUAAAUGAAAAAUAUUGCACCUAAAUAAAUAUUAAAUGUACAUAAAAAUAAUAAAUUCAUUGAUGAGGUCAUUAUGAACGUCUAACCCUAGUUCGAGUAAGACUACUUAAUAUUUAAGAUUGUGGUAAUACUUAUUGCACCAAGUACAUAACGUUUUUAAUUAGUAUUCAUACUUGUAUACAGUGGUGUAAACAUGACAAGGGGGUAGACAGGUGUUUUUAUUAAAUAUUUAUAUAUAUUUCAUAUAGGUACCACAAUUAAUUUCUAUGUAUGCCAUGGUUAACACGUUCAAUGCCACGGUCGACGGGUAGUCGACAUCGGUAACAUUUCGCGGGUCGCCGGUGUCGACUACCCGUCGACAAAUAUUAAUUCGCUUUUAUGAAUCAUAAUUUUGAUGG